UUUUGAACACGAACCUGCCUUCCUUGUUUAUGUGCGUGUCACUCUUACCAACUUCAAGAUGUUAUAGCUGAACUUCCAUGAAAGGAAAAACAGAGCACCAAACAAAGAAAAUCUCUCAAUUCCAUCUUUGUCUUCUUCUUCUUUUUCGUCAAAAUCAAUCCUCUUUUUUCUGUUAUUUGUACUAAAUUUUACGUACCAAUUCUCUUCAGUCUUCGGCUUCAAAUUCUAGCUCUUGCAAGUCUCCUCUGUUGAAUUCGCACUGGAGACUUUUUAUUGUUUUAACUGUCAAAUUGAGGAAACUGAUAUAAGGAUCAAUCCAACUCCAACGAUGAAUCCAUAUUAUACGGUGAAGGAGGAGUACCCAGGAUCAAGUUCGCCGCCGUCCGGUGAUGAGCAACCAAUAACUUUCCUGCCACAACCCAUGGAAGGGCUGCAUGAUACAGGGCCACCACCAUUCCUGAACAAGACUUUUGAGAUGGUGGAUGAUCCAAUUACCAAUCAUGUAGUUUCUUGGAGCUCAGGAGGUUCUAGCUUCGUAGUGUGGGAUCCUCAUUUUUUCUCCGCAAGCCUCCUGCCUAGAUGCUUCAAGCACAAUAAUUUCUCCAGCUUUGUCAGGCAGCUUAACACUUACGGAUUUAAAAAGAUAGACCCAGACAGGUGGGAGUUUGCCAAUGAAGGGUUUCUGAGGGGCCAAAAGCAUCUCCUGAGAAACAUCAAGAGAAGAAAGACGCCUUCUCAGCUUCUGCCACAACAGCAAGCUUUGGGUGCUUGUGUUGAAGUUGGCAGGUUCGGAUUGGAUAGAGAAAUUGAUCGACUGAAGCGCGACAAGCAAGUUCUAAUGAUGGAAUUAGUGAAGCUCAGGCAUCAACAACAGAACACUAGAGCUCAUAUUCAGGCUAUGGAACAAAGGUUACAGUGCACAGAAGUAAAGCAACAGCAGAUGAUGCAAUUCUUGGCUAGAGCAGUGCAGAAUCCAGCUUUCUUACAGCAACUAGCCCAGCAAAAAGAAGAGAGAAAAGAACUUGAAGCAAUGACCAAAAAGAGAAGAAGGCCUAUUGAUCAAGGAAUUAACACUGCUGAAUCAAGCUAUGGUAGUGGGAGUAGGAAUCCCAUCAAAGCUGAACCUGUAGAGCUUGGGGAUUACGGGUUUGAAGUUUCAGAACUGGAAGCACUUGCAUUGGAAAUGCAGGGAUAUGGUAGGGCGAGGAGAGAGGAAGAGGAAGCAGAAGCAGAAGAAGAUAUAGAGCCACCUGAAAGUGGAGAUAGAGAACUUGAUGAGGGAUUCUGGGAUGAAUUAUUAAGUGAGAGUCAUGGAGGAGGUGAAGAUGAAGAUGUAGAUGUAUUGGCUGAGCGAUUCGGUUUCUUGGGUUCUAGUCCAAAAUAAAGAAAUUGGGCCCUUCUGCACUGUUCUUCAUCAUCGUCAUCAUCGCGGAUGAUUUCUUUAGUGAUCACAUGGCAGAGUUUUCAUUCCACGGUCGACUUUUAGUUAGCGACUUGUAUUUUGUAUAAUUAGAUCUCUGAAGUUACCGUUAGCCCAUAAUUUUCACCUUGAUAUCUUGGUGUUGACAGGAUAGGAGAAUCACAAAGAAGUGUCCCGUGGAAAAUAUCUUUGUUUAUGGUGUCUUUUAACCCUGUAACUUAAUAUCCUAGUUCUUGUUUUCCUUCAGACACAUUAUGUUGUCUUAAUCUUUCUCUAAUCUUGGUUAGGUUGCAGCAGUGCUUGGACAAGAUUCUGGUUGUCUCUAUCAUGAUUUCUCUCGAGAUUGUCCAGAAGCUGUGUUGAAAUGGACAAGAUGUUGCUGAAAAGUUGCAAGAACCACACAAAUUACAAUUUUGCUUUCCGAAUCAAGUACCUUUUAAGUAUGUCGGUUUGAUAUUUUCCCCCUCUCCCUUUCCCUUGCACUGUCGUGUUCUUUCCUCAAAUGCUGCAUCUUAACCAUGUAGAUAUUUUCACGUCAUGCCCAACGUUGUUCUUUUCAGUCAUUUUCUUGGCAACCGUUGGUCUCCUCAGUGGUAAUGCACAUUAGAUUCUUUCAACCAUAGCCAAGAAAUGUGCGUGCAUUAAGGUUUGUUUGUGUCGACAUAGUUGAUGUCCUUGGUACUAUUACAGUUCUCUGGUACCACAAAAAAGCUAAUGAAAUUGAAAGGUGCUGCUUCAGAAUUCAGGUGUAUGUGCAGUUAGUAGUUAAUGUGGACUGUAAUGAUAUGUUCUAUAGUUUUCAGUGGCUGUAUAAUCUUCACAGGUCAAUUCAGAUAGACCAGUUGUAAGGCCUAGUGCCAAAUGUUUAAUCAAGAGAGGUUCGGAUGUCACAUGAAAUCUUUGGCAGCCACCUUACUUUAAUUUUCUUCUUAUAUAAGAGGAAUGUAAAAUUUAGCGUCAAAUGCAGACAGCUGUUCCGUUUUUUUA